AUGAAGCAGCUGCACCGGCAGGCCAGCAUGAGCAAGCAGCACCGCCCGCACCACCACCGCGCCUCCCUCUCCCGCACCCUCGCUUCCUACCUCCUCCGCGAGCAGCGCCUCCUCUUCGUCCUCCUCGGCUUCCUCCUAGCCUCGCCCUUCUUCUUCCUCUACCCGUCGUCCGUCAGCCCGCAUUCCGCCGCCGGAUCCUCCUCCGUCACCAAUUUCGCCGCCGCCGUCGCCAGGAAAAUCCCCCGCGGCGGCGGCGCCUCCUCCGCCUCCGCGCGCCGCCUCCCCGUCGGCGUCCGGAAGCCCUCCCUGCGCGUCGUCGUCACCGGCGGCGCGGGGUUUGUCGGCAGCCACCUCGUCGACAAGCUCCUCGCCCGCGGGGACAGCGUCAUCGUCGUCGACAACUUCUUCACGGGCCGCAAGGACAACGUCGCGCACCACCUCGGCAACCCGCGAUUCGAGCUCAUCCGCCACGACGUCGUCGAACCCAUUCUCCUAGAGGUCGACCAGAUCUACCACCUCGCCUGCCCCGCAUCCCCCAUGCACUACAAAUUCAACCCCAUCAAGACCAUCAUAUCCUUUCCGCUCCCUUGUGCCGCGCAUAAUUCGUCCACAUCCUCACAGGAAUUGGAUUCAAUAUAUUUGUCUUUAUUGAUUUAUUUAUGGACACGGAUACAACUUCUUCAAUGUGUUAGGAGCUGUUAUGAUGAGGGGAAGAGAACAGCUGAAACUCUUACCAUGGAUUACCACCGUGGUGCUGGUGUCGAGGUGAGAAUUGCACGCAUAUUUAACACAUAUGGCCCUCGUAUGUGUUUAGAUGAUGGCCGAGUUGUUAGCAACUUUGUUGCACAGGCUUUGCGGAAACAACCAAUGACAGUGUAUGGUGAUGGAAAACAGACUCGAAGUUUUCAAUAUGUUUCAGAUCUGGUUGAUGGGUUGGUAACUCUAAUGGAAAGUGACCAUAUUGGACCUUUCAACUUGGGGAAUCCGGGAGAAUUUACAAUGCUGGAGCUUGCACAGGUGGUAAAAGAAACGCUCGACCCAGGUGCAUCUGUCGAGUUCAAACCCAACACUGCAGAUGAUCCACACAUGAGAAAACCUGACAUUUCUAAGGCCAAGUCUCUUCUCAAUUGGGAGCCCAAAGUUUCACUAAAACAAGGCCUGCCGCGUAUGGUCUCGGACUUCCAGAAACGCAUCAUGGAUGAGAAUUGA